CGAGAGCGUGCGCGCCGACGGACUGGCGCUGCCGCCGCUCCUCCUGCGCUCAGCCCGCGCCGCUGGAGGCAAGCAGGGCGCCGGGUGGCGAGGCUGUGCGCGGGGCUCGCUGCCGCAGGAGAUGCGCCUCUCCGGAUUUUGAGUCGCUUUCUCUUCCACCCCCCUCUCCCAAUCCCUAACCCCUACCCCCAUCCCUCCAAAAAGGAAGAAGAAGAAGAAGAAGAAAAGAAGCCAAGAUGACGGUCGAAUUCGAGGAGUGCAUCAAGGAUUCGCCCCGAUUCCGGGCGACCAUAGAUGAGGUGGAAACGGAUGUUGUGGAAAUAGAAGCCAAGCUUGACAAGCUGGUAAAGCUAUGCAGUAAUAUGAUAGAUGCCGGGAAGGCCUACCUCAUCACCAACAAGCAUUUUGUCGGAGGGGUCCGGGACCUUUCACAGCAAUGCAAGAAGGACGAAAUGAUCUCGGAAUGCCUGAACAAGUUUGGAGACAGCCUGCAGGAAAUGGUCAACUACCACAUGAUCCUUUUCGACCAGGCUCAGAGGUCUGUCCGGCAACAGUUGCACAAUUUCGUGAAAGAUGAUGUCCGGAAAUUCAAGGAGACCAAAAAACAGUUCGAUAAGGUACGGGAAGACAUGGAGAUUGCCUUGGUCAAGAACGCACAAGCUCCGCGGCACAAGCCCCAUGAGGUUGAAGAGGCCACUGGCACCUUGACAAUCACCAGGAAAUGCUUCCGACACUUAGCCCUCGACUACGUCUUACAGAUCAAUGUCCUCCAAGCCAAGAAGAAAUUUGAAAUCCUCGAUGCGAUGCUGUCCUUCAUGCAGGCUCAGUACACCUUUUUCCAGCAGGGCUACAGCCUCCUUCACGAACUGGACCCCUAUAUGAAGAAGCUGGCCACCGAGCUGGACCAAUUGGUGAUCGACUCUGCUGUGGAGAAGAGGGAAAUGGAACACAAACAUGCACUUAUUCAGCAACGGACUCUUCUGCAGGACUUCUCCUACGAUGACUCCAAAGUGGAAUUCAACGUCGAUGCCCCCAAUGGGGUGGUGAUGGAAGGGUACCUCUUCAAGAGAGCGAGCAACGCGUUCAAGACCUGGAACCGGAGAUGGUUCUCCAUACAGAACAGCCAGCUGGUCUACCAGAAGAAGCUAAAGGAUGUCCUCACAGUGGUGGUAGAGGACCUCAGACUUUGCACCGUCAAGCCCUGCGAAGACAUCGAGCGGAGGUUUUGCUUUGAAGUCGUCUCCCCCACUAAGAGCUGCAUGCUGCAGGCCGAUUCAGAGAAACUGCGCCAGGCGUGGAUCCAAGCGGUUCAAGCUAGCAUCGCCUCUGCCUAUCGAGAGAGUCCCGACAGCUGCUACAUUGAAAGACUGGACCGAACAGCUUCUCCUUCCACCAGCAGCAUCGACUCGGCUACUGACUCGCGGGACCGCAGUGCCAAAGGCGAAACCAUCCUGCAGAGGGUGCAGAGCAUCCCAGGCAAUGACCAGUGCUGUGACUGUGGGCAAGCCGACCCCCGCUGGGCCAGCAUCAACUUGGGCAUCUUACUAUGCAUUGAAUGUUCAGGGAUUCACAGGAGCUUAGGGGUCCACUGCUCCAAAGUGCGGUCGCUCACACUGGAUUCCUGGGAGCCAGAGCUACUGAAGCUGAUGUGUGAGCUGGGGAAUGCCACCAUGAACCAGAUCUACGAGGCGCAGUGCGAGGAGAUGGGACUCAAGAAGCCCACCGCGGGCAGCUCAAGGCAGGACAAAGAAGCAUGGAUCAAAGUCAAAUACGUGGAGAAGAAGUUCCUGAAGCAGCUGUCGACUGGGGAGGCCCUGGCGGAGAAUGAGAGGAAACCCCGGCGCUGGAGCGUGAAAAAGUGCCAGAGGCGCAACAGCUCCACAAAAGCCCCCACGGCACGGAGGAAGUACCGGCACGAAGCAGGAAACGCAUCACCGGCAGCACACUCUUCAGCUGCCACCCUCGAGAGGAAGUUCCGACGGGAUUCCCUCUUCUGCCCCGACGAGCUGGAUUCGCUUUUCUCGUACUUCGACACGGGAGCUGGGGCUGGGCCACGCAGUGGCAACCACAUCUCUGUGCCGCACCCCCUGGCAGCCAGCCCAUGGAGCGACAGUGGUAACGGUCCCACUGGGAGCGGGUCGCCGUUCCUCCUGGAUGGAGGCCCCGCAGGUCUGAGCAGUGAUAGUGGGCUGGGCGGCAGCACCGACGGCAGCACCGACGUCCUAGUGUUUGGCUCGGUGGUGGACAGCGUCACGGAGGAAGAGUGCGAAGUUUCAGAAGAAUCCAGCGGAGAAGCUGAAAUAGAGCAAGAGGCCUCCGAUCUGGAGGACCUGCGGGAGCUGCACCCGGGUUUGCUGGUUUACAAGGCUUCGCGGGCCAGGAAUUUGCCUGUGAUGGCGGAGGCCCUGGCGCAUGGGGCGGACGUCAACUGGGUGAACGACGAGGAUGAGAACAAAACCCCGUUGAUCCAAGCUGUAAUGGGGGGCUCCUUGAUAGCCUGCGAAUUCUUGCUCCAGAAUGGAGCAGACGUUAACCAAAGAGAUAUUCGAGGGCGCGCACCUCUGCAUCACGCUACGUAUUUGGGCCACACUGGCCAGGUCUGCUUGUUCCUAAAGAGAGGAGCCAACCAGCAUGCGGUGGACGAGGAUGGGCAGGACCCUCUGAGCAUCGCGGUCCAGGCUGCUAAUGCGGACAUUGUUACCUUGCUGCGUCUGGCUCGAAUGAACGAAGAGAUGCGAGAAGCCGAGGGCCCGUUUGGUCAUCCAGGAGACGCCACCUAUCUCGACAUCUUCCGCGAGUUUUCUCACAUGGCAUCCAACAACCCAGAAAAACUCAACCGCCGCAGCCUGUACUUCAGCCACUCCUACAGAUAGCCCUCAAAACCACCACAGACAUCAUC